UGCGCGAAUACUUCGGCCAGUUCGGGGAGGUGAAGGAGUGUCUGGUGAUGCGGGACCCCCUGACCAAAAGAUCCAGGGGUUUCGGCUUCGUCACUUUCAUGGACCAGGCGGGGGUGGAUAAAGUACUGGCGCAAUCGCGGCACGAGCUCGACUCCAAAACAAUUGAUCCCAAGGUGGCCUUUCCUCGGCGAGCACAGCCUAAGAUGGUGACUCGAACGAAGAAGAUCUUUGUUGGGGGGCUAUCAGUAAACACCACGGUGGAAGACGUGAAGCAGUAUUUUGAGCAGUUCGGGAAGGUGGACGACGCCAUGCUGAUGUUUGACAAAACCACCAACCGGCACCGAGGGUUCGGCUUUGUCACGUUUGAGAGCGAGGACAUCGUGGAGAAAGUGUGUGAAAUCCACUUCCAUGAAAUCAACAACAAAAUGGUGGAAUGUAAGAAAGCUCAGCCAAAAGAGGUGAUGUCACCGACUGGCUCGGCCCGGGGGAGGUCUCGAGUCAUGCCCUAUGGAAUGGACGCCUUCAUGCUGGGCAUCGGCAUGCUGGGUUACCCUGGUUUCCAAGCCACGACCUAUGCCAGCCGGAGUUAUACAGGCCUCGCCCCUGGCUACACCUACCAGUUCCCCGAAUUCCGUGUAGAGCGGACCCCUCUCCCGAGCGCCCCAGUCCUCCCCGAGCUUACAGCCAUUCCUCUCACUGCUUAUGGACCCAUGGCAGCGGCAGCGGCAGCAGCAGCUGUGGUUCGAGGGACAGGCUCUCACCCCUGGACGAUGGCUCCCCCUCCAGGUUCAACUCCCAGCCGCACAGGGGGCUUCCUGGGGACCACCAGCCCGGGCCCCAUGGCCGAGCUCUAUGGGGCAGCCAACCAGGACUCGGGGGUCAGCAGUUACAUCAGCGCUGCCAGCCCCGCCCCCAGCACUGGCUUCGGCCACAGUCUUGGGGGCCCCUUGAUUGCCACAGCUUUCACCAAUGGGUACCACUGAAGCAGGAGGCAGGUGGCAGGAG